AGAGGGUCUGCCACCUCUCUGUCCAUCUCCCUUUGCAGGAGCAGCCAUGGCCCUGAAUGAUAUCGAUGUGCAGAAGCGGAUUAAGCACAUGAUGGCUUUCAUUGAGCAGGAAGCCAAUGAGAAGGCAGAAGAAAUAGAUGCCAAGGCUGAGGAAGAAUUCAACAUUGAGAAAGGACGCCUUGUGCAAACCCAGCGACUGAAGAUUAUGGAGUAUUAUGAGAAAAAGGAAAAGCAGAUAGAGCAGCAGAAGAAAAUCCAGAUGUCUACUGUAAGGAAUCAAGCAAGGCUGGAGGUGCUGAGAGCUCAAAAUGACCUCGUCUCAGAGUUGCUAAAUGAUGCAAAGCUGAGACUCAGCCAGAUUGUGGAAGACCCAGGAGUAUACCAGGGGAUGCUGUAUAAACUAGUGCUCCAGGCUCUGCUCCGACUGCUAGAGCCUGUGGUGAUCGUGCGCUGCAGGCCACAGGACCACUUCCUGGUAGAGCACGCAGUGCAAAAAGCCAUUCCUGAAUACAUGACAGUUUCCAGAAAACGCGUGAAAGUCCAAAUGGAUCGAGAGGUGCACCUGGCUAUGAACGCAGCAGGAGGUGUGGAGGUCUACAGUGGAAAUCAGAAAAUAAAGGUUUCCAAUACCCUGGAAAGUCGACUGGAUCUCUUAGCCCAGGAAAAGAUGCCAGAAAUACGAAAGGCUUUAUUUGGAGCCAAUCCUAACAGGAAGUUUUUCAUAUAA